AUGUUGACUUUGCGUGAACAACCUCAUUGUGCUGUGGUUGAAACACUCAAAGGACAGGCUGAUAUUAUUGAGAAGUCUGGUGAAAUUCACGAUGCUCCUGGUGAGUUCUUGACGCUGGAAUAUUUUGUCUCCGUUCGAAUUAGUGAUCCGAGCGAUUGUCACCCUGCGUUACGAUGUUGUUAUAUCGACCCCAAAAGAUCAAGAAUUCUUGUCGAGGCUCGUGUUACAGUGACAACGCCAGGAUACUUCCCCUCAUCAACAUUCGCCAUAAAUCUUUCAAACAAUUCUUUGGUUAAACUUCAGGCAGCUGACUGGAAAAACCUGACACAUCUGGAGUAUCUAGAUCUCAGCAUGAAUAUGAUAAAGAGGCUGGACCAUAAGAUCUUAUCUGGACUUCAAAAUCUUAAAUACUUCGACUUCUCAAGCAAUAAGAUUCGCAAAAUUCCUGAAAAUACGUUUCAACAUCUAAUAUACUUACAAUACCUGGAUUUGUCAAACAAUUACUUAGACGAGGUUCCUGACAGAACAUUUCAGCCUCUCGUAUCGUUACGUUACCUGGAUAUUUCUCGAAAUCGUUUUAGAAAAAUUCCUAAUAACACAUUCAAACAUCUGGUGUUCUUGCACACCCUGAGACUCUCAAUUAAUACUUUUGAAAUCAUACCUGGAAAUACUUUCCAAAGCUUGGUCUCAUUACGUUCUCUAGAUUUGUCGAGUUGCAGGAUUCGAAGAAUUGAGGAGACAGCCUUUAACAAUUUGGGAAAUUUGACCGCGUUGGACCUCAGUUCAAACCCAGUAAAGUCAAUUGACAGUGGUGCCUUUUCUGGACUUACAAAUUUAGAAUACUUAAAUAUGUCAAACAACUACCAAUUUGAAACUAUUCCAGCAAACAUGUUUCAACAUCUCGUAUCUUUACGCUAUUUAAAUUUGAAGUAUACUGAAAUAAAAAGAAUCGAACCUGGAGGGUUUAGCGGUUUGCGAAAUUUGAUUUCUUUAGAUUUGUCGAAACAUGCACUCAAGUAUAUUCCUAACCGUGCAUUUCAGGGACUGGUGUCUCUACGAUACCUAGAUUUGACAAGUAACAAAAUUAAAAAAAUUGGACGUGGAGCGUUUCACGACUUGGGAAACCUAAUCGAGCUAAAUAUGACUUACAAUAAGGUUGAAAAAAUUCCUCACGAAACAAUCAAAGAACUGACGUCCUUGCGUUUGCUGAAGGUCGAUUACUUCAAUAUUUGCUGCAUUGCGCGGAAAAUUAACCCAAGGUUAACUUGCGAUUAUACUGAAACAGUUCGAGAGGGUUUCUCAAAUUGUAACGAACUUUUGAAGAAUCCCUUUCUGAGGUACUCUGUAUGGAUUUUUGGACUUUUGGCGCUCGUUGGAAACCUUAUCGUGGUAGUAUGGCGAUGCAUUUCCCAAGACACGAACAAAGUUAAUUCAUUCUUUUUAACGAAUCUUGCGGUAGCGGAUUUGUUGAUGGGUGUGUACAUGUUGAUCAUUGCUGUAAAGGGCACCCAAUGGAAAAACACUUUUUACUUGCAUGAUAAAAGCUGGCGGAAAAGUACUCUGUGUGUAAUCGCUGGAGUGAUAUCAACUCUCUCAAGCGAGGUAUCAGUAUUUACCUUGGUGAUGAUAACGCUUGACCGUCUCGUCUGUAUCGUCUUCCCGUUUCGAUUCCAACGUUGGUCUAUGAAGAUAGCUUUCGUGUUAAUGGCCGUGGUUUGGACUCUUGGCUGUGGCAUCUGCAUAGCAAUGAUAAUGUAUGAUUAUGAAUUCUACGACAGGGAUAAUUACAUCCCCUUUUUUGGCCGCUCAACCGUGUGCAUACCAUUGCAAUUGUCCAGCGAGCGCAUCUCUGGUUGGGAGUUCUGCCUCUUCGUGUUUCUUGUUCUUAAUAGUAUUUCGUUUCUUUUCAUACUCCUGGCGUAUGUGAUCAUGUAUCGCACGGUGGUUAAGUCAGCAAAGGCGGUUAGAUCAACAAGAAUGAAUCAAAAUUCGUCACUUGCCAAACGCAUGAUGUUCAUCAUUUUAACUGAUUUCCUCUGCUGGUUUCCUGUGAUCAUUAUCAGUAUCUUGGCAUUAACAGGAAAUUUGGAUGAUCCAACAAAGACGAUAUACGUCUGGAUUGCUGUGUUCGUGUUACCCAUCAACUCAACGAUUAAUCCCAUACUUUAUACUUUCUCUACAUCGGAUGUCUUCAUGAAGAUCCUGACGUGGCCUUUCAAAUCGACUGCUUCUUCUAACAUUUGA